CAUGAUGAGAACUGGGUUCGAUCGUUCGCCGCUCCUCCUUCCGACUCCCGGCCUUCCGACCCCUCCACCUGCCUUCUCACCGUGGCCUUUAACGCUGCUGACCGCUCCUUCCACUCCGGCGAACGUCUCGGAAAAAUUUGUUUCCUCUCGCCCCAAGCCACGUUCACUGCUGCCACCGCCGGAGGCGUCCCCAUCCACCUCUCUCCGCCGGCUACCGUCGCUAACUCCGCCUUCGCAUACCAAUCCUCCUUCUCUCUCGUGCUCCUCCAACAGUCUUGUUCAAAGGAAGUGAUUUUGAGAAAUUUUUCUGGCUGGUAGAUGAUGUAAUAUGUCAUCCAAUCCAUUUACGGGGAGACCGUAGAAGAGGAGGAGAGGACUAGAAGAGGGGUCGCCGUGCGAUUAAGGAAUCUCUCGGGUGCUUACGCAAUGUUCACCAAUGACCAGAGACAGUUGGAGCGCACUGGGAAAUACGGCACCCCCAGGGCUCAAUACCUCCAGGAGCUUGUGACCGAGUUUCAGGGCACAUCCAAAGAAGAAUCAAAAGAGAGAAUUGUUGCCCAUUUGGCUAACUUCGCAUACGACCCCUACAAUUAUACAUUUCUACGCCAGCUUAAUGUUUUGGAGCUAUUCCUCGAUUGUAUAACGGAGCCAAAUGAAAAACUUGUUGAAUUUGGGGUUGGUGGUAUCUGUAACUUAUGUGCUGAUCCAGCAAAUGCUGCGGUUAUUAUUGAGUGUGGUGGAAUCCCUUUGAUCCUACAAUGCUUAUCUAGCCCUGUUAGAAACACUGUGAGUUAUGCUCUUGGAGCUCUAUACUAUCUCUGUAAUCCUUUGACCAAGAAAGAGAUCUUGAAACCAGAAGUUGUUGAAGUAAUAAGAAAAUAUGCUGCAGCUGAAGGUGUUAAUGUGACUUUCAGCAAUCUGGCCAAUGCAUUUUUGGACAAGCAUGUAAACCAAUGAAAUUGAUAAAUGCUGAUAGUAAGGCAAGUUGUGUUUUUAGGUUUUCUUGUUCCCUUGAUCUUUAAAUUCCCUGAAGAGAUAUACUGGAAAGGCAAACUGACAAAACUGAAUACUUGAUUGCGGCUCCACAAAUGUUGGCAAAGUUGCUGAUGUUUCUAUAUUCCAAGCCCUUCAAGUAUUCUCUCAACAUUGUAAUGUGAUAAAUAUUUAGGCCAAUCAAGGAAGAUGCAUAAAAGCUUGAUUAUUGUAGUGGUCCU